AUGGUUGUAAUGGACUGGAGUAAUGGAGUGGAGAAGGGGCACACUAUUGAUUUGCAGCACACGUCUGGUGCUGGAAUCCACGGACCCUCACCCAAACCACCUGGUAACACUUUCCACCCGCUCGAGCUUCUGCGGUUCCGGACCGGAGAUCUGGAGAUGAAGAAAGAUUUCACGUUUUUCUGUCGGACUUGGAUUGGAAUAGCGUGCGCCUCAGGUCUAGUGAUAGGCUUGCCUAUGACUCCACCCAUCCUUGACAUCCCGAGAGACGAUCUAGUGAUUCCAGUCCACAGAACACUGUCUAUUACAUGCAGGGGGCAGCGCACACUGGCCUGGACCUGGCCUGACAGCGGGGUGGUCGGACAGGAGCUAACUGACCGUCAGGACCACCGACACGCCAUCGGGACGCCUGGGAAGAGGGUGGUCUUCAUCAGAGAGUGUCCCGGGCAGCCGGAGAGGCCCUACUGCAAGACACUGCUUCUAAAUGAGGCCCAGGGCAAAGACACGGGCUACUACCGCUGCUAUUACAAAGAUGUCAAGUCCAUCAUCGAUGGCACCACAGCCAUCAGCGUUUAUGUCUUUGUCAAAGACCCGGCGCAGCCCUUUCUCAAGAGAGGCAGCUCCGGCGACGGCAACGCGAGCGACCUGGAGACUCUGCUCAUCAAACGCUCCUCCACGCAUGUCACCGUGCCCUGCCUGGUCACCGUGCCUGAUCUGAACGUCACCCUCGACACGAUGUUUCCAGCGUACCCCACAGCCGUGCAAAUGAGUGGGAUGAAAUGGGACAACAAGCAGGGCUUGUCCAUUCCAACACACCUCUUGGAAAAUAUGCAGCUGACCAUUAUCGCUUGUGUCACCACGUUGGAAGGCAAACAGCACCACUCCGAUGCCUACAUCCUCCACACCACAGGAACUCAGGUUAACGAUGUCAAGCUGUUUCCUGAGGACUCAAUGGAGCUAAUGGUGGGGGAGGCCCUCACCCUGAACUGCACAGUAACGGUGGAGUUCGACACUGGGGUGGACAUUCAGUGGUCCUACCCUGGUAAAAAGAUGAACAGGCAGGUGGAGAUUAAUCCAUAUCGAGAGGCUCUGUCACAAGCCACGGAGGCUGGCAGCAUCCUGACCAUCCACAGUGCCAAUGUCACAGACACUGGGCUGUACAUCUGCAACGUUACCAGCCUGGAGAAAACGCAGAUGCUACAGACUCACGUUAUGGUCCAUGGUGAGCCAUUCAUCAGCCUUAACUACACAGAAGGACCUGUGGUGGAGGUGACUGAUGGCCACCAGUCCUUCAUAUUACAAGUAAAUGUGUCUGCCUAUCCCACACCUGAAACGCAAUGGUAUAAAGAUGGCGUGCUGAUAAACACGAAAAGGAUGGAGACGCACUCUAACCACUCUCUGGAGAUUAAGGACGUUUGUCAUGCGGAUUCUGGGUUGUACACAGUGGUGCUGAAAAACAGUGCUGCUAUGCUGGAGGAGAGGCUAAACAUCACACUUGUUGUCAAUGUCCCCCCUCAUAUUCAUGAGAAAGAGGUGACCGAUCACUCCAGUCCUUACCUCAGCAGCAACAGCCAGACGUUAACAUGUACUGCCUAUGGACUCCCUGCUCCAAACAUCACCUGGCAGUGGAGGGCCUCCGAUGGUUCCUGCGUUCUCAACAGCUCGCAAAGUCGACCGGCCCAACAAGACAGGAAGGACUGGAGUGACGGGAUCACAGACAGUCAGAGCUGGCAGGACAUUUACUCACAAAACGACAUGAAUGAAAUUGAAUCUAUCGAAACGUCUGUUGCAGUGGUGAACAAUCAGGAAAAGAUAGUAAGCAGGCUUCACAUUCACAAUGCCAGUGUUUCCGUCAUGUACAAGUGCACUGCUGAAAACAAAGUGGGCAGAGACGAGCGACUGAUCAACUUUUAUGUAACCACCAUCCCAGAUGGCUUGGGUGUGGAUGUCCAUCCAUCUGAAAAUCCCCUGGAGCAGGAGAAAGUGUCUUUGCGCUGCAAAGCUGACAACUGCUUCUACGAUGAGCUGCAGUGGUACCGCCUCGACCCCCGAGCCCUGUUGGACCCGCAGGGCAAGCCACAAGAGCUGGACUGUGGGAACGUGCACCUGAACGCCACACCACUUCAGGGCCAGUCCUCCAUCCAGGAGCACUCCAACAGCCGCAUCUUGGACUUCACCAUCGAAUCUAUUCGGCUCCCGGACGAGGGACAUUACGUGUGCAAGGCUCAGAGCAGGAACAAGAAGGAGAAACAGUGCCUGCUCAGAUACAUCUCUGUCAAAGCCCUGGAGGCGCCGCGGUAUAGGCGCAGCCUCACCAACCAGACUGUGAACGUGACCGAGUCUCUGCGGAUGGAGUGCGACGCGGAGGGCCGACCUCUUCCCCAUCUCUCCUGGUUCAAAGACAACCAGCCUCUCCACCAAAUGUCAGGUGUCCAGCUGCAAGACUCAAACCGCACGCUCAGCAUCCAGCGAGUCACAGAGGAGGAUGCUGGAGUUUACACCUGCACCGCCUGCAACAAGCGAGGCUGUGUCCACUCCUCGGCAGCCAUCAGGGUCAUUGGUUCAAGUGACAAGGCCAACGUGGAGAUAGUCAUACUGAUUGGGACUGGAGUGAUCGCUGUCUUCUUCUGGGCCUUGCUCAUCCUCAUCUUCUGCAACGUGAAACGGGUUAACCCAGCAGACAUCAAAACAGGCUAUCUAUCAAUCAUAAUGGACCCGGGGGAGGUGCCACUAGAUGAACAGUGUGAAUACCUGCCCUAUGACUCUUCACAGUGGGAGAUCUCAAGAGACAGACUUCAACUGGGAAAGGUAUUAGGCCAUGGUGCCUUUGGAAAAGUAAUUGAAGCGUCCAUUUAUGGCAUCAACAAGAGCAACAGUUUGGACACAGUGGCUGUCAAGAUGCUGAAAGAUGGUUCCACGGCCAGUGAACACAAGGCCUUGAUGUCAGAGUUAAAGAUUCUGAUUCACAUCGGUAACCAUCUGAACGUCGUGAACCUGUUGGGGGCUUGCACCAAACCAAACGGUCCGCUGAUGGUGAUCGUGGAAUACUGCAAGUAUGGGAAUCUUUCCAACUUCCUGCGAGCCAAGAGAGAGUUCUUCCUUCCCUACAGGGACCGCUCUCCCAAAACUCAGAGCCAAGUGAGGCGGAUGAUUGAAGCAGGUCAGGGGGACCAAAGAGUCCAGCAGCCACCCUGUACAUCCCUCUCCCCUCUCAGCAGUCCUCAGACUGUAAUGUCCAAGGCGCCCGACCAGAAUCCCCCGGCAGAGAAAAUGGAGGACCUGUGGAAAACCCCGCUGACGAUAGAGGAUUUAAUUUGCUACAGCUUCCAGGUGGCUCGGGGGAUGGAGUUCCUGGCCUCCAGAAAGUGUAUCCACCGAGACCUGGCGGCCCGGAACAUUCUCCUGUCGGAGAACAACAUCGUGAAGAUCUGUGACUUUGGUUUGGCCAGAGACAUAUACAAAGACCCCGACUACGUCAGGAAAGGCAAUGCUCGUCUGCCGUUAAAGUGGAUGGCUCCAGAGAGCAUCUUCGACAAAGUGUACACCAGCCAGAGUGAUGUGUGGUCGUUCGGAGUGCUCCUCUGGGAAAUCUUUUCACUCGGAGCAUCUCCCUACCCAGGAGUGCAGAUUGAUGAGGACUUCUGUAAACGGCUGAAAGACGGCGUGAGGAUGAGAGCACCAGAGACUGCAUCCCCUGAAAUAUACGGCAUCAUGCUGGCCUGCUGGCAGGGCGAGCCCAAAGAGAGGCCGACGUUUCCCGCUCUGGUUCAGAUCCUGGGGGACCUGCUGCAGGACAACAGCCUACCUGAUGGAAAGGAUUACAUCCCCCUGAAUCACUCCCAGAACUCUGAAGAUGACGGAUUCUCACAGGCUUCAUCACGUCCUGCUUCUGAGGAAGAGCUGAGGCUGGCUUGCAACACUUUGCCCGCAAGGUAUUAUAACUGCGUGCCCUUUGCCGGCUGUGUAUUUGUGGGACCCUCCAAAAUGUGCCAGCCCAGAGUGAAGACAUUUGAAGAACUGCCCCUGGAGAUGCAUCCACACAAAACUCCUCAAGACAAUCAGACUGACAGCGGGAUGGUUCUGGCCUCGGAAGAGUUCGAGAGAAUCGAGCACAACCACACGGGCACCAUCCUGAAAAGUCGUAUGAGCAGCACCAGCAGCACCGAGCCUCUGACGGCCGCCCACGGCCCCACGGGCCACACGGGGGGCAGCGACGGCUCCAGGCACCGCCCCCACUUCUUCAGCCAGCUGUCUGGACAGACCUUCUACAACAACGAGUACGGACACCUGUCCGAGGAGGGCUUCUGCGACUUCUACUCCCCUCCCGACACCCCCUGCCUCGCCUCUUCGAAUGUAUAAUCAACCAAAGAAGGGGGGGGGGGGGGGCAACUGACUGUGCAGAUGAGACCAACAUCACUUCGCUGACAUGGAUGGAGGUCCAGUUAUUGGCUGCCCUGACCAGAAUGGCUUCAACCCCUCUAAAGUCCAUCCUCUGUCCACUUCUGCCCCAACAAAUGGACUGAACUAUGUGCCUGAAGUUCUCUAACCAGCCACUGAGUGGCAGCAUUAUGACAAAAAUGAUCCUCUAGUAUUUUUUAUUCGUACAUUCAUAUUUUUUAUCUUUUAUAUACAGAGUAUUCUUCCUUUAUUUGCUCAAGUUAUGACUCAUAGGAAGAAAUAAAGGUGUUUACCCUCCUCUUCUGUCUCAUUGAUCUGGGCCUUUAAUUCACCUUGAGGUGAAGG